CAAACAGAAAAUGAAUUAAUCAGUGAAGUUAGGUUUCUGUGGUUUCAUUUUUUGUAAAAGUCUCAGCUGACUGAUCAGAGCUGCAGUUUCAUCUGCAAAUGAUAAAAAGCUGUUUUAAUCUACAAUAAAUCCUUCUUUUAUAAUCAGUAAAAGUUUUGUUUUUCUUUUUUAUAGGUUGUUGGAGAAAGAGUUUUAUUUUUGCUUUUUGUUUCUAGUUAUCCACCAGCCAUGACAGACUCUACGGCAGACUUACGCCAGACUCUGUUGGAAUUAAAUGAGCUGAGACAGGCACUUCUGGCGACACUAAAAACGUUCAAUAGUCCUGAAAACCCAGAAAGCAAAGAUGAAAGGAGGAAAUUAUUAAAACUURCAACGGAAAACUGUUCUAAUCAAACUGUCCUGAAAUGGCUAAGAGGAAAKUCAGAGUCCAAGACUUUCAUCAAACUGGUGGACAUGUUUCAUUUCCUGAAAAAGCACAUCAGUGAGGAAGAAAAGAAGAACCAUGACAACACUGUUGACAUCACCUUUGUAGCUCAUGGAUCCAUUGGAGAGUUCAUGAUCCCAGCCAGCUGUCUGCUGCCUUUGUCCUCCAUCAGCGACGUGGUCCUGUAUUCUCCCUGGAACUGUGUUUCUGGUGGUGGUGAGAUCAUAUAUGGUAUCGCCACAGGACAAAUAAAGCCUCAGCACAGAGUUUUCUACUGCACCAAAAGAGAUGACUGUACACUUCCUGAUGAGAAACAUCGACCCAUGAAGCUACCAGACCACUGGAACUCUAUGAGGAAGACAGGAGAUCAGAUGGUCCCAAACAUCACAGUUAGUCCUCUUCAACCAAAAGACGGUGUGUGGGAGAGUUUUGAGUCUCUCACUAAGAAAUACGGUCCUGUAGGAAGAAACCGGAUCGUCAUCCCCUUCAUUCUCCCAGGUGCAGAAACUGAGAGUGUCCCGUUCUCUGUGGUCACCUUGGCCCUGUCUCUGGUUCUGCUCCAGUCCAGGUUUAAAGCCACAGUCCAUCUUAAUGCCUGUCUAAGAGAUAGAUCUUCUGGACAAAAGUUAGACAGAAAGUAUCUGGAGAAGCAGUAUGCUURUGCAGUYGAURACUCUGGAAUGAAGUGUUUACCAGRUACUUUCAGUUAUUCUAUAAUAGAUUGGUUCAAGAGAUUAUUUCAAUAAACGUUCUCCAUGUGAUCAUAGCAGUUCUGCUCCAGYAMAACAGKUCAGGUUGUGUUGGAUUGUCUUUUACAGUUUGAUCAUUAAUGAAGAAUUAUUUCGUUUAUACUGAAACUGCUGCACAGAUUGUAACAUGGACAGGUCCAGAYUGAUAUCCAAAAAAUGAGACUUUGUCUUUGGUGAGAACAUAACAGUCUCCAGGAACAAAACUCAACCCUAAAGACCAACUACCUCUUUUAUGAAGAUUAUCAUAGGGAUUGCCACUCACCAUGAGAAACGUUUCUUCAGCAUCAAAGUGGAAAUCCAAAAGCACUGAUCCAAUGAUCCUGUUGGACAGAUGAAGCCUUGUAGUAUACUGAUACUGAUGCACGGUUUAUAAAAUAAUCCAACUGAUAAUAUCUAUUACUCACAAAAUCAUUUAACUUACUACAUUAUUAUUACUAUUUUUUUUAGAAUUUUCUGUUAUGUUUUAUAACAUCAGUUGAGUGAAUGUCACACAAACAAGGCUGGCCAAAUACCUAAGUCAAUCAAAAAAAAACUUAUGUCUGAUCCUUUUAAAGGGUUAAAUUGAGCUUUAACAAAAUAAAUAUUAACUUGUGGGAACAAAGUCAGAAUCUCAGGAAACUAAUCUGAUCUUUUUGUUUUUAAUAAAGAAAACUGAAAUUUCAUCAAUAAUAUGAAUACGAUUUUCUUCUUAUGGUUUUCCUCAUAUGUUGCUGUUAGGAAUUAUUUGCUCAGGUUUUCUCUUGUAUUUUUCACCCUUUUUUUGUUAUUUUGACCAUCAUGAUGUUAGAGGUUUGAAUUCUCUUUUACAAAAAUGUCCUGACCAAAGUAAGCAUCAAAUCAAUACAAAAUUACAAAAAACCUUCAGCUGCCAGCAGGGGUCACCAGAUGGUUUCYAAUAAUGUCACCUGCUGUAAUAAAGCACAAAUCUGCUUCAGUAAUCUACAGCUGCUGCAUAUUACAGUAAACUCAUUGGAGAAACUCAAGAUUAAAAAACUAAAAUCAUAGRAAUUAGACUUUGUUUUAUUUAAAGUGGGGAAUAAUGACGAAAAUUCAGACAAAUUGUUGAACGGUGCAAAUAAAGCUACUGCCUUAAAAGCCUUAAAUGUUAUGUUUAACUGCAACUUUAUCUCCUGUAAACCUUCAAAGAUACUGAAUGCAUUAAAAAAAGAUUAAAACGC